UGUUCAUCGGCCCUGCAGGAUGCAGUCGUGGAACCUGUCGUGCCUGGGCCUGGGCCCAGUGCUGGCCUCCUCAUGGCAUCUUCUGCUGCUCUUCGGGGCUUCUUGGCUCGUGGCGAGAAUUCUGGCCUGGGCUUACUCCUUCUAUGAGAAAUGCGCCCGCCUCAGAUGCUUCCCUCAGGCCCCUAAGCGGAACUGGUUUUUGGGUCAUCUGGGCACGAUCCAGAACAAUGAGGAAGGUAUGCAGAUGGUGACUGAAAUGGGCAAGACCUUCCGAGAUGUCCAACUCUGUUGGCUGGGACCUGUCAUCCCUGUGCUGAAGCUUGUUGACCCUGCAUUUAUUGCUCCCCUGCUCCAUGCCCCAGCUUUGGUGGCCCCCAAGGACAUGACUUUCUAUGGCUUCCUGAAGCCCUGGCUGGGGGAUGGGAUCUUCCUGAGUUCUGGUGACAAGUGGAGCCGCCAUCGCCGUCUGCUGACGCCCGCCUUCCACUUUGACAUCCUGAAGCCCUAUGUGAAGAUUUUUAACAAGAGUGUGAACAUCAUGCACGUAAAGUGGAAGCGUCUGGCCACGGAAGGCAGCAUCCGUCUGGAAAUGUUUGAGAACAUCAGCCUCAUGACCUUGGACAGUCUGCAGAAAUGCCUCUUUGGCUUUGACAGCAACUGUCAAGAGUCUCCCAGUGAAUACAUUGCUGCCAUCUUGGAGCUCAGCGCCCUGGUAGCAAAAAAGUACCAGCAGGUCUUCUUGUACAUGGACUUCCUGUACUAUCUCACUGCUGAUGGGCGGCGCUUCCGCAAGGCCUGUGAUCGGGUGCACAACUUCACAGAUGCUGUCAUCAGGGAGAGACGCCGCACCCUCAAUAGCCAGGGUGUUGAUGAAUUCGUGAAGGCCAAGGCUAAGUCCAAGACUUUGGACUUCAUUGAUGUGCUCUUGAUGGCCAAGGACGAACAUGGAAAGGAGCUGUGUGAUGAGGACAUCCGGGCAGAGGCUGACACCUUCAUGUUUGGAGGCCAUGACACCACAGCCAGUGCACUCUCCUGGACCCUGUACAACCUGGCGAGGCACCCGGAAUACCAGGAGCGCUGCCGGCAGGAGGUGCGGGAGCUGCUGAGGGACCGAGAGCCUGAGGAGAUUGAAUGGGAGGACCUGGCCCAGCUGCCCUUCCUGACCAUGUGCAUCAAGGAGAGUCUGCGGCUGCACCCUCCCGGUACAGACCUGGUCCGGGGCUGCAUCCAGGACUUUGUGUUGCCUGAUGGUCGAGUCGUCCCCAAAGGCAGCGCAUGUGUCAUCAGCAUUUUCGGAGUUCAUCACAACCCUUCAGUCUGGCCAGACCCUGAGGUCUAUGACCCCUUCCGCUUUGACCCAGAAAACCCUCAGAAGAGGUCACCGCUGGCUUUUAUUCCCUUCUCUGCCGGGCCCAGGAACUGCAUAGGACAGACUUUCGCCAUGAGCGAGAUGAAGGUGGCGCUGGCGCUCACCCUGCUGCGCUUCCGCGUCCUGCCGGACGACAAGGAGCCGCGCCGGAAGCCGGAGCUGAUCCUGCGCGCCGAGGGCGGGCUGUGGCUGCGGGUGGAGCCGCUGAGCGGGGGCGUGCAGAGACCCCCACACCUAGCCUAGGACCUCCUCACCCACCCACCUGCCUUUGCGGAUCCCUGAAUAAUCAGAGUCUCACUGAGUGCCAGCAGUGGGUCCGGAGGAAAACAGAGAUCCUGUUGGUGUGUUGGGGGAGAGGCUGGGUAGGUGUCUCUGAUCCAGAUUCCCACUGCCUUUGUUCACCAUUGACCUUCCAGGGUGAUGAGAGUUCUUCUCGAGCUUAAG